AUGAUGCAAAUAGAAACCAAACUCUCUUCCCGAUCAAACGAUGAUGAGAAUGGAGAUGACACUUUUAGUGACUUUGAUGAACCGCCAUCAACAAUACCUCCCAAAUCAGAAGCACCAAACAACUCCAAGAAAUUAAUUCUUGAAAGUGACGAUGAUUGGGAAGACAGUGAUGAAAACGAAUCUACAGUUGAUAAAAGUAAUAACGACCCAGGUAUUCAAAUCAACAACAUCAUCAAAGAGCCUGUUCAAAAUAAUUCCGGUGAUCACCUCAACAACAAGGAUAAGGGAGAUGAGGAUUCGGACGAUGAUUGGGGCGACGACGACUCUCUCUCGGAUUCCAACAAUGACAAUAACACUGCAAAUAGCAAAAACAAUGACAAUAAUUCCCCUAGCAGCAAUCUCACCAAACCACCCCCAUUAGAUCCUGACGCAUCCAAAAAGAUUAUGGAAGAACAACGAAGGAAGCUGAGUGAGAUGACGCAGGGCCGAAUCUUUUUUCGAUUAGGCCAAUCACUAAACGAUGAGGAAAAUGAGUACAGUGAUUCAAAGGAUACAAAUAAUGUUUCUAAAAAUUUGGAUCCUCAUGAUGAUGACAACAAUCACGGGUCAUCCGACAACAAAAAACAAAAACAAAAAGAAAACAAUGAUUUGAAACAGGAGUCUGAAGAAGUACUCUCUUCAAAUAUUAACCAAGAUGCAAAUGAUGAUGACAGCUCUGAGAAGUGGGAUUCAGAUGAUGAUUCUUCAGAUCAGAAAACCAAGUCAUCAUCUCCAUCUGACGACACUGAGCAUCAUGCAUCAUCAAUAUCUACUACUCUAAUUGAAAAACCUCAAAAAACUGAACCAACUAACUCUGUCGAGCAAAAAGAGGAAGAAGACGACGACGAAAACAAUAUACCUUCAUCAACGAGAGUUCUACCAAAUCGUACCAAUUCAAGUUCCUUAUUUUCCGAAACAUCAACCUCUAAAAUUGAGGAUUCCAAUAAGAUUUCUCUAGAGAUUCCUUCUUUAGCAGAUGACAAGAUUCUUAAUUCGAUACAUUCCUCCUUUUUUAUUCCUCCCUAUUUGAAUAUACAAGAGAGAGUUGUACAACAAAAGACAAAGACAGUUACUCGCUGCAAAUCGGCAAAUACCUUCAGUUUCAUAUCACUCAUUGUUUCUUGUAUCAUGGCUGGAGUAGUUAUUGGCCUGAAUUUUAUCAAUCUGCAUAGCUCAUUGAUUACCUAUUUAUCCUUUUCAUUAUUAAUUUCAUUUAUUUUACUUGGAUUUAACUUAUGGUUUGGCAUUUCUGAAACAGUAGAGGAUAGAACUGUUGUUACUGAAUCCAAGUUGCCAUCUUCCGAGUUGCCAUCGAAGAAAGCAAUUUCCUUUUGGAAGACAUCUGAUUAUUCGACAAAAAAGAAAGAAAAUAACGAAAAGAGUUAUGUUGAUUCAUCCGUUAAAGAUAAAUAUGGAGACAAAGAUGAUGAUGAAACAUUUGACUUUGACGGAGAUUUGGAAGAAAAGUUGAGCAAAAUUAGUGGACAAAAAACCAAACCCUCUCAACCAAAAUUUAACACACCAGAGACACUCUUACCACUUUUAUCUAAAGAGCCAGAAAUACAAAGUCAUUUUAAAAAUUAUUUUGAUACAAAUGACAAGCUCAUGAGUCGAUAUAAAGAUGAUUUAGACAAAUACAAACGAGAGUGUUCCGAUUUGAAACAAAAAGUUGAUACUCUGAGUCACGAAAAUUCCAUUUUAACAAAUACGAUCCAUCAUUUUACUCGAGAAUUAACAAAUUUCAAGAAUGACAUUGAAAAGGAUCCAAAUUGUGCAUCUCUUGAGGAACGAAAGAUUAUUGAAAGAAUUAAUAGAGAUUAUUCAACAACAAUAACGUACAUUCUGAACAAUUGCCAGCCAGAACAAAAGAAAAACAUUGAUUCUAAGAGUGACAUGGAAACAAAACUAGUUUUUAAAGAAAUACCAGAAAAGAAAAGAUAUCCAAGGAAAUAUUUACGAAAAGUGAAACGAUCAGAAAAAUUAGAACAAGUGCCUGAUUCCAUUCCAAAUAUACCAAAUAUCAGAAAUGGAAAGUGGUAUUUCUCAGCAGAUGAAAUGUAUGAAUUAUUCAAACAAGAUAUGAAACAAAGAAUUGCACACAUUGAAGACAUGGAAGCAAGAGAAAGGACGUCUAUCAUUCCACAUAUUAAAUCACCGAGUGGAGAUGAUGAUUUUCGAGAUAGCAGAGAUUUCUCACAACAAGAAAUGUAUGAAAUUAGAAAUGGUGUGUAUCAACACAAAACCGAACUCUAUAACUUUGGUUUAGAUAAUAUUCAGUUUUCAUCAGAGGUAUUUGCUCCUCAGAACAAAAUUCGAGAAUUAUGUAAAAAACGAUUGGCCAUCCUGUCUGUCGAGUAA